UCGAGACGUCACUGUCGUCUUCUUCUGUCAGUUCCAGUUGUUAAUUUGUUUAAUUUGGGUUAAAAUAUUUUUGCUUAAUUUAAUCACGCACUUGUAUUGUUUGAUUUAAGUUGAUCGUGUUGUGAUUUUUAUUAGCUUAUAUUGUAAUAAUUGAAUUGUCUUGCCCUUCUAUCCUGGUGGAAUCUUCUAUUCAUCCACCUUUUCUUUGUUAGCAAUCCAGGAUGAUUCGCGAUGCCCUCUUGGAAUCGAAUUUGAAUCAUUGAAUUCAAUUUAUUUCAUCAUAAUAAUCAGAAACAUACCAAGUUUUCUGGUGCUUCAAAUAAACUAGUUCAAUAUGGAAUGAAAUAUGAGGAACUUUCUACAUAACUUCAUGUGAGUGUCUUCGGAACUUAUAAUUUUCGGACAUCAAUAAUUAUUCAUGGGUAGAUCAAGAAGAUCAAGUUCUUUGGAAGAAGUGGAAAUGGAACCAUCAGCCACUUCUCCUUUGCGUCAACCUAGAUAUGGCUAUUCUCAUGAAAGCAUUGGAAGAUUUUCAGAGCAUUCAUUACAUUAUCCAUAUCGCAUACAAGAUACUAAAACCUGUGGCCAAAGGUGGGAUGACUGCCUCACCAGGAUUCCGUAUGCCACCCUCAUCGCCACCAUCAUGUGCAUGGUGGGCGUCGGGAUUUUCUGCGGCACCAUGCACCGAGGAAUCACGCUCAGCAAGCUUAUGCUCGACGAAGUGUUCCAUAUGAGAUUUGCUUGGUUGGACGCCCUGAGGAUGAUAUUUGUAAUCCUGGGAGGUUGCAUGGCUGCCCUGGGUCUGAUGAUACUGUUCGUUGGGUUCCUCGCCACGGGCGCUACCAGGGUACGAGUCUACCGCGCCUGGACUGCCAGAGUUAGCGGUAGAAUAUCUUGCGCUGUGUUCCUGGGGUUGAGCUAUGUACUGCAACUGGUGUGGAUCUUAAUCUUCUGUUUCCUGCUCAUUCUAACAACCAUGUUCACAAUGUUCUUUGGCCUUUGUACAUCACAUCGAGUGAGGGAGGAACAUCAGUGUAUAGACUUCACACAGUUUGACUUUGUGUUCCCUGUCAACACGAGAGCAGAAGACAUGAAGGUGUGUGAGGCUCAAGAGAUCAAGUUGUUCUGCAAAGAUUACGUAGAGAAGGCUGAAAUGAUGUUCAUAUUUGCCACCAUAGCUUGUCUCCUUGUUAUCCUCAGUUUGGUCCACUACCUGAUGUGUUUGGCAGCCAACUACGCACAUAUCCGGGACCAUGAGAAGCUGCAAGAACUACAAGAGUUGCAGUACCUCGCAGACCCGGACAUGGGCUCCAAGGACCGAUUCUAGGAUCGAGCACAAGAAAUCUUCCGGGUGGACACUUUCAGGGUCUCCAGGCCUCCGCGAUAACUGCCUUCAGCUUGGCAGCAGCCUUAACUCAGCGAUAUAAUUAAUGCUUUCUGUGCAAGGAUUUUUAGAUUGUAUGGUGUUAGGAUAACUGGGUCUGAAAUUGUGUAGGAAAUUAUAUGCUAAUCUUGAAGCACAUAAAUAAAUCAAUAAGUUGUUCGGCAAUCUUAUUGAAAUUAUGAAAUUAUUUCUGUCAGUUUAUCAUUUCUCUUUUUGGGGAUUUAGUGCAAUUUUAUUGGAUGAAUUGAGAAAAUUAUUUAGGACCAACAUAUUCUGUAAUUUAAUUGUUUAGUUCAAAUUAUACUGUGGAGCUUAGUCUCCACAACCAUUCAAAUUACAAUACACAAUACACAAUACAAUACACAUUACAAUACACUGCCUGAGAUUAUGCGUCCUAACACCUAGAAACAACAAAAAUAGCAGAGCUGACAGUAGGGUUACUAUUAGUCUAUAUUUGAAUAUUUUUUAUGUUCAGAUUUCUGAUAGCUCCAAACUUGGUUCCAUUGCACAGUAUGAUUUAACCUGUAUACAAUUUUAAUGCUGCUGCCAAUCUCUUGAAAUAGGUUUUUUCUAGCUUCUAGCCAAAUAUUUUUUAUAUUUUCUAUUCUUCUUAGUAUUAAUUGUUAUCACUUGGCUCUUGUAUAUUUGUGUAAACUACUUCUAGUGUAUUUUCUUUGAACCACCGAAGGAAUUUGUAUUUUGUCUUCCACCGAAGGAAUUUGUUUGACCUUUUUAUGUCUAGUUUAAUUAUUUUGUGGUUUAAAAGUGCAUUACAUCAACAACGAAGUGUAAAGUGUUCAACCCGGAGAUUUCUUGUGUAUAUUGUUUACUAAUAGUUUUGUAAGGACAGAAACAAUAUGACGAGUGUUAGAUAUUUGUGCUUAUAUUGUCUUUCACGAUGACAUUCCAAGUCUAUAAUAUUGAACUUUACGUAAUAGACAUAUAGACUUUUUCUUACUAUUCACCGAAGAGUUAGUUAUAGUAGCAUUGUCUGUGCCUUUUUGAAUUGCCUUUAUGGUUAUUAUUGUAUUGAAAACAGUAUUGUAGGCUACGUCACUUAGCUUUCUCACCUAAAGAUUGUUAAGGCAUUACCAAUCUGUUAGUUAAUGUACAAAAUUGUCCGUCCUAGUAGUUAAGAUGAGUUUUCUAUAGUCUGUUAAGAGUCAAAGUUUUCUAUUUUUAUAAGUAGGUAUACAAUUUAAAACUUCUCUAUAAAUGUUUAAGUCAGGGUAAAAUAGUGGUUCAGUUAAAGAAAGGUUACAAGCUAUUGAUUCGCUGAACUUAUCACCACAGUACAGUAACUGAUGUAUGGUCCAUAUCAUUUGAAACUGGAAUUGUCUCUCUUGAUAUCUGUAGAUUCUUUUAACAAUGUUGGACCAAACACAUAAAAAAUAAUUAAGUUGUUAUUGAGGAUAUUAGCACAAACUUUUAAAUUCGUAAGCUCAACAUUUGCCAAUGGUCUUCUAUGUGCAAUUGACAUGACAAUAUCAUUUCAACACUAUGUAAGAAAUGUGUUUAUUGAAUUUAUAAGGUUUAGCUGAAUUAUUCUAUGGAGAUGCAUAGCAUAAACACACACAUGAUAUGCCGUAUGUGCUGUUUCAAUGUUUUCUGAGACAGACGAUGCCACAUAAGAGAUUAAGUCAUUGGUUGGUUUCGGACAAGACUGUUUAUUAUGUUACUUCAGUGUGUAAUCCACCUUAGCCAACUAAGAGCAUAAACAUAAUUCCAUUAUUUUGUAAAUAUCAUAUAUUUCAUUCAUUUUUCAUUCCAUUUCUUAGUUACAUUGAACACUUAAUCUUUGUUCAGGUUUUUUCAAGUGUUGAAUUACCAAACGUAGUAGUGGUGUGUCAGACCAAAUCUCAAACGCAGAGGAUACGCGUCCGGUAACCGGACGUGGAUUAGGUGUCCGGCAGUUACUGUCAUAACCUAACCUAACCAACCAAACUUGCUGAUAAUUAAAAAAUCAAAUGAAGGUUCAAUUCUCUUCAUAACAUAAAAUUAUAAAUGCCAAAAAUUCUAACAAAAGAUGUACAGUUAAGAAGAAAUUACAUUUAAAGCAAAAUCUGUGACAAAAAGUUAAAGAAACCGAUGGGUUUCGAACCAGGGACCUCUAGGAUAUCAGCCGAGCACUCUAUCCACUACACCACGAACAACGCUGACCGAACAUCGUAUCGUUGUGGUAAUGGCGUUCCGGGACCCCACAACCCGGUGACGUCACUACCGGACGCCUAAUCCACGUCUGGUUACCGGACGCGUAUCCUCUGUGAAUCUCAAAAUUAGGGAUGUGUCGAAUCCGAAUCUCGAAUCCACCGAAUCCUACGAAAAGAUUUGGAUUCAAGAUUCAAUUAACAAGAUUCAAGAAUUUUUUUUUAGAAUAGAAUCUUUGACUAUUAAUACAACUUAAGUAUUCAAUAGUCAAUGAUAGAAUUAAAAGGCAUAUAUAUACUGUGACAUUGCAUAACCAUAAAGGUUAUUGAUGUUGUAAUAUACAGUACUGUGACAUUGCCAUUUUAUGAACAUAGUAUACGAUUCGUUGAUCAACGAAUUUAAAAUUAACAAGUGUACCUACAACAACCAUGAAUAACCAAUAAUGAAUAUUUGCCCUCCAAAUAAAGUAUACCGACGGAAUGUUCGAUUUAGGUUAAACGGUUAAAGGUGUAACCAAUUAGUGGUCUGUUAUUUUGCCAUGUGUCAAAAGUAAUUAAGUAACUUUUCAUUGCAAAGAGUAGUCAUUUAUGGUUAGUGAAGUAUUAAUUUUAAAUGGUGCCUAUUCCAUUAUUGUUUUUUAUAUCACCAUACGCCCAUUUGUAAUUAUUUUUGGUACUCGAGAUUCAAUUUUUAGGAUUCGGAUUCGAUAUUCCUGGAUUUGACCAUCACUACUUAAAGCCAUCAAAACUUUGAAAAAGUUUCGGUUUCAAAAUUGAAAAUGUUGGCACUUUUAUUUUUGAAACUGCUGACAUUUGUUUUCUCGUACAUUAUUAUUGUUUGUGACACUGUUUACACAAAAGCUGGUAGCUAUGGAGCAAACAGAUCACCAUUAACACUAAUGAAACAAGUAAAUUAAUUGUACACUGAAUUACAAAAGUCAUUUUAAAUAUAGGAAGUAGGAACAACUUACAAUUUAAUUAAAUAUUUAUUCAAUUUGAUUUCUAUACAAUUUAAUUUAAUUAAUAUUGAUAUUUAUUUAAGACAAAGAAAUAUUGACCACUAAAUGUUCUAAUUAAUCCAAUAUUCACGUUUUUAUUAGUGUCAGGAGUUUCAUUUAUUUUAAUGUUAGUUGUUUAUAAAAUAUUAUGUUGUUUUGGGUUAUCAGUCACAUUAUUAUGUUAUUAUGCCUGGAUAAGGAGUCAAUCUCUUUCAGCCUUGAUUGCAUAAUCAUAAUGAAAAUGUUAUCAUUACCUGUAUUUUUAGCAACCUUGACAAGGUAACUAAAAAGUUUCGAGUUAGGUUUUGAGAUUCGAGAUUUGAUUUUUUUAAGUUUCGGUUUUGGUUUUGAGAUUUGAAAUUUCUGGUUUUGACCAUCACUAAAACGCAGGAUUACGGAAAGCCUGAAAAGCAGAGUUUUAUUGUAUGAUAUACUUACUUUAGUAUCUCUUGUUAAUUUUCCAUUCUUCAUUGUUUUCAGAGAUCUCUCAUAAUGUGUUUUAUUAUUUCUAAUUUUGUACUGUUUAGUAGGUAAUUAUAGAUUUUAUUAUCCAUUGUGUAGUUAGUUAAGUGAUAUGUCAACAUAUGCUACAGGAUAGCUUCCAGCAGUAGCAAUGAUUGGUGAUGCUUGUUAGAAAGUUUAUUUUUACUAAGGGAAUGGCAAUUAAUUUAUUUUAGUUUGCAGAUGCAUUUGCUGACGGGUAAUCCUGCAUUUUUAUUCAUGAACUAGCACACCUCUUCUAAACAGCACAAGUCAAAAUUAAGCAUAAACACUGGAUACUAAGCUAUACCCGGUAAUCAUGAUUUCUAUUCAAAUAGGGAAUAAUUCAAUUACUGAUAAACAGUAUGAAUUGCACAACACAUGAUUUCUUCUCAAAUCUUUUAAAACCAGUUUUUGUUUGAAUUUCAUGUGUUUGUUUAGAUUAUUUAUUUUCAAAAUGGUACAAGCUCAAACCUUUUAUAUUGAAAAUUGUUUACAUGUGGAAGAAUUGUAAUAGUUUUUCUUCAUACUCAGUUAAAACCAUCAGCACUUUAAGCUUUAUAUUUGUUACUCUAUGAAUAAGCUCAAACUAUCAUAAUUUUAUUUUAUGUUUACCUACUUAAUUACAGUACACUACUGUUACUGGAAUUUAAUUUUAAGAAAUUUCAUACAUUUUGUAACCAAUCUACCUUUCUUUAAUUUUGUAUCCCACUUAUAUAAAGUUUUGU